GACUCUUAUUAUAUAAAGGCCCACAGCCUCAAGUGUACAUUUGAUAAAGUGGAAGAAAUGGAGAAAACUCCUCCACAAGUAAAAAAGGCGACGCCCCAGAUCUCUCUCCGACCGUUCGAUCUUUCGGACGUUGAUGAUUUCUUGGUAUGGGCCGGCGACGAUCAUGUGACCCAGUUUUGCAGUUGGGACACUUACACUUCCAGAGACAAUGCACUCAACUUCCUCAAAGAAGUCACAGUUUCCCACCCAUGGUAUAGAGCCAUAUGCAUAGACAACCGUCCGAUCGGGUCCAUCUUCGUCCUUCCAGGGACUGGAAACGACGCACAUCGAGGGGCGAUUGGGUAUGCAUUGGGCCGUGAAUACUGGGGACAAGGGAUAGCUACACUAGCGGUCAAGAUGGUGAUUUCAUCUAUAUUUAGUGAGUUUCCAGAUUUGGAGAGGGUGGAAGGGCUUGUUAUUGCAGAGAAUGAGGCCUCACAAAGGGUAUUGGAGAAGGCUGGGUUCCUGAGAGAGGGUCUGUUGAGGAAGUAUACCUUUGUUAAGGGUAAGAGUAGGGACAUUGUCAUCUAUAGCUUUUUGGCCACCGAUCUCAUGUUGAGGUGACCACUUACAUGUUUUUGUGUGUUGUAGGAAUGUUUAGUGAUGUUUAAUGAGAAUUAUUAGAAUGA